GCGGGAAAGAGACCAAUUUAAACUGUGGCGGGAGAUUGGUUUUCGGCUCCUUGUCCCGCUAAACACCCGCGGCUGAAGAGUCAAUUGGUUGCUCUCAUCUCCUCGCGUUUGAACAUGGUGCGGACUAAAGCAGACAGUGUCCCAGGCACCUACAGAAAAGUGGUGGCUUCUCGAGCCCCCAGGAAGGUGCUUGGUUCCUCCACCUCUGCCACUAAUUCCACGUCGCUUUCGUCGAGGAAAGCUGAAAAUAAGUAUGCAGGAGGAAAUCCAGUUUGUGUGCGCCCAACUCCCAAGUGGCAAAAAGGAAUUGGAGAAUUCUUCAGGCUGUCCCCUAAAGAUUCUGAAAAAGAGAAUCGGAUUCCUGAAGAGGCAGGAAGCAGUGGCUUAGGAAAAGCAAAGAGAAAAGCACGUCCUUUGCCACCUGAUGACACAGAUGACGAAAAAGAAUAGAACUAUUUUAUUCAUCCUUGACUCACGUCUCCUGUUUACUCUGGUAUUCUGGGAUGUAAAUUUGCAUAAAUGUAUUUGUUCCAAUUAGCUUUGUUCAAUAGGCAUUUAAUUUAAAAAAUGAGGCUUACAUUUAGUUAUUCAAAAGCAAGUAGUUACGAUAUUGGUGAGUUUGUAAGAUUAAUUAUGGUUACUUAGCUUAGUACUGAAUAUAAUGCAGUAUUUGGUUUCUUUUACCUGUUACUAAGCUCCUUGUACUUGCUAAAAACAAAUCAUUGCAUGGUGUUCUAAUUAUGAAUCUGCUGUAUUUGAGAUUUGUUUAGAUCUUUGUACUGCUGCCAUGUUUAUUGGCAUUUGAUUAUUGGAAUGGUGCCAUAUUUUUGUUCCUUUUCUUUGCUUUAAAAAGCAGAGUUAGAUUUUUUGCACAUUAAAAAAAUUCAGUAUUAAUUAAACUGAACCUACACCUUUUUUAAGAAAGGGGGCCAAUGAUGCAAUGUUGAAAAAAUUUGGAUGACUAUCUUCUUAGAAAAAUUAAGGGCAGUUUGCUCCUGACGGUUUAAACGGUUGAUAGAGCUUCUCACAACAACAACAAGAUAAAAUACUAGCGUAGAAUCAGGCAGGAAGGUUCCAUAAACUACAUUAAAAAAGAGGAAUUUUCCUAGAAUAUGCAUUUGAUUCAGUAUCAUAAAAUAUUACCCUUUGGGCCUAUACUUUUAAAGUUGGAAAUCAAUAAAACAUGAAAAGCAAAUCAUGGCAUAAACCCAGAGCUAUGUCCAAAGUCCUUAGAACUACCAUUAUAUUUUUCAAGAUAACCAAGGGUAUAAUUGAAGAGGUGGGUAUAAUGUUGCUUAAUAAUUGAUAUUCUUGCUUCCUCAUCACACUUUUUGCUCACUGACAUUCUGUUGUUAAAAUUAACCAUGUUUUAACAGGUAUGUUUUUCUGAAGUUUCUUUGUAAUAAAUGAAUACUUACUUAUUUUCAAAAUA